UGUGUGUGUGUGUGUGUGUGUGUGUGUGUGAGGGUGUAUGUGUGUAAGUGAGAGCGUGUGUGUGGAGAGCAAAUCGAGAUACAGUAGUAACCCAGAGUGAGGUGGCAGUCUUAUUCCACAUCGACACUGACUUGCCCUGCAUACAUCCUAUCUGUCUGUGUAUCGCGGAGGAGCGCACUUGAGGAGUGAAGGAGGAAAGAGUCAAGAUGGCAUCUGAAAGUGGCUGUGGACAAUCCGGGAUAUAGUCUUAUUCGGGUUUUCUUUUUUUGUUUUUGGAGGUACCACGGAGCGCAAGUGACUGGCCGUGCAAGGCGUUAAUAACUAAGUUGCCUGUGGCCCUGUUGUUGGGACUUCGCUGGUGUGGAAUAGCAACAAAGGACGGGCACGCGCAUUCAUGGGACGCGACUUUGACAGCUCCUCAUUUCUUGUCUUGUAACUUUAUUACCUGGCAGCGGGGGCGAGAUUUUGACCGGAGCAGGGAGACCAUGGCUGAGGCUGCACUCCCGGACUUGGACGUGGUCAUCGACCCGGACUUCGAGCCCCAGAAGCGGCCCAGGUCUUGCACCUGGCCGCUGCCGCGACCGGAGUCAAACGCGGUGAAACCGGAGAGCAAUGACACUGAUAUUAUACCUGAGGAGGAGGAUGAUGAAGAUGAUACCGCCACCCCUACGGCCGCAGGUGUGAACGGCUCCGGCUUGGCGACAGAGGACCACAGCAGCAGCAGCCCCGCGGCCGAUGGAGCGCUCUCCUCCCCCGGCCAGGAGAGUGGAGGCUCCCCGCUCUCCGCGCACUCCCCGACGGGCACCUCAGGCGCGCUGACCCCCAGCAGCCUGGCCGCGCAGCAGACUCCGAGGAAAGCAUCAUCUCGCCGUAACGCCUGGGGGAACCUCUCCUAUGCAGACCUGAUCACCAAAGCCAUUGAGAGCGCGCCGGACAAGAGACUGACACUGUCCCAAAUUUAUGACUGGAUGGUGAGAUCCAUCCCCUACUUCAAAGACAAAGGCGACAGCAACAGCUCUGCAGGAUGGAAGAACUCCAUCCGGCACAAUCUCUCCCUCCACAGCCGCUUCAUCCGCGUCCAGAACGAGGGAACAGGGAAGAGUUCCUGGUGGAUGAUCAACCCAGAGGGAGGGAAGGGUGGCAAGGCUCCUCGCCGCCGUGCAGUCUCCAUGGACAACAGCAACAAGUACACGAAGUCCGCCCGUGGCCGUGCUGCCAAGAAGAAGGCAGCCCUGCAGGCCGCAGCUGCUGCAGCUGGUGAAGGCGGCGGAGACAGUCCUUCAGGUCUCUCCAAGUGGCCUGGAAGCCCAACGUCACGCAGCAGUGAGGAGCUGGACGCCUGGACAGACUUCCGCUCUCGCACUAAUUCCAACGCCAGCACACUGAGCGGUCGCCUCUCCCCUAUUCUGGCCAACCCUGAGCUAGACGAGGUGCCCGAUGACGAGCCUCCUCUUUCGCCAAUGCUGUACUCCAGCCCUGGCCGAGCACUGUCUCCCGGCAAUGCCACGACCAACGGGAAGGCCGUGCCAACUGAGCUGCCCCGCCUGGCAGACCUGGCAGGUACAAUGAACCUGAAUGACGGACUCACAGAUGACCUGAUGGAUGAGUUGCUGGAUAACAUCAACCUGGUGCCAACCGUUUCAGGACCAGCCACUGCAAAUGGCUCCUCAGGGUUCAAUUUUGGGUCCAAACCCAAUGGGCUAAGCUCACCUAACUCCACCUCCUCUCCCUCCAACAACUCUUCCUCUAACGGUGGAGUUAAUGGCUACAGUAACUCCAUUUUUGGCCCCCACACGACGGGCUCCUCUCUGCGUCCGUCCCCCAUGCAGACCAUCCAGGAGAACAAGCAGACGUCCUUCUCCAGCAUCAGCUUGUCUCGCUUUGGCAGUCAGACAUUACAAGACCUGCUCAAUUCUGACAGCCACAGCCACAGCGAUGUCAUGAUGACCCAGUCUGACCCUCUGAUGUCACAGGCCAGCGCCGCUGCCGUCAUUUCCCAGAACUCCCGCCGUGGACUCAUGCUCCGUAAUGAUCCCGUAAUGACGUUUGGGACCACUGGACUUCAGAGCAGCCAAGGGGAGAUACUACACAGUAACAACCACAACCAGAGCUCCCUGAGGUCUUUAAACGGAGGCCUGAACCUAGCCAACGAGGCUAACGCUCUGGCUAAUGUCAAGCAGCAGCUCCUGCUCUCGCCCUUGGGAGGAAAUGGUUCCUCUUCCAUGCAGAUCGACACCUCGAUCUUCCUAAACGGAACAGUUAGCAACAGUGGAGGGAUCUGCCAGGACCGUUUCCCCACAGAUCUGGACCUGGACAUAUUCAACAGCAGCCUGGAGUGUGAUAUGGACUCCAUCAUCAAGAAUGAGUUGAUGGAGGCAGAUGACCUGGACUUUAACUUUGACUCUGUGGCCAACAUGAACGGAGUUGGCAACUUCACGAGCACCAAGCAGACCUCCCAGAGCUGGGUACCUGGCUGAGAGGGUCAGGCCAGGGAGGAGCAGAGCAGGUCUGAACUGUGUAGUGCAAGAGAAGAUCAGACACACAACAUCCUUUUUGCCAAACCUGCCAUCAGCACAACGUAAAAUACGAACCCUGUGUUUACAGAAGAAGACUUCCUCUUGAGAGCUUUACCUUCGCUCCCACACUGGUGAACCAUGAACAAUCCGACAGACUCUAGAGAUACUGCACAUCAGCCCUCCUGUGAAACAACAACAACAAAAAGAAGAAAGCUAUUUCAAACUCACAAAUCUUAGAAUUAUGCAAUUUUCCUUUGACACCCAGUCUGUUGAUAUCAAAGAGACCCUGCUUUAUCAGAAGAGGAUUCAGGUGGAAUACAAGGACUAAAUAUCAAGUGAAGAUUGAAGGAGUGCACGGUGCAGUUGUUCCCGUUGAAGACAUAUUAAAAAAAAAAAAGUGUAAAGAAGUGAUGUGGUGUAAAUCUGCUCCAGUGGUUUCCUGGGAUGUGUUAUGUUGAAAAAAAAAAAAAGAAUUUCCCUCUGUUCCUCACUUUAGUGAUUUUAAAUGUUCAGUGUUUGUUUUUUGGAUUUUCUGUUUUAUCAUAAUUGUUUCUGCAUCAUACAUGUCUUCACAAAAAGGUGUAUUGAUGAAAUGAAAGGAUGGAAAUGGAGUAUCUUACUCGCUGAGUGGCCACGCAUACAGUACAUGCAUACACACAAACAGACAAACCUACUCUUUUCCUCAGUUUGCAAAAAUUCCAGAAACAUUAGAAGUUAAAUUACGUCUCAAUGCCAUGCACUUCCAGUUUUUUUUCUCAUAAAUUGCUUGAAUUAAAUUAAACGCUGCAUACUGAGGGUUAUAUUACACUUAGCUGAAUAUUACAAAAAUAUUUGCUACCUUUUGUGUAUAUCUAACUGUAAAAAAAUAUGAAAAAAUACUAGAGGAAGAAUCAUCAUGGAUAUUUGUACAGUGCCGGGCAGUGUAAAGUUCAAGAAGGCGUGGGAAAGAUCUGUCUUUUCUUAAAUUUCUUAACUUCUGGUGAGUUCUGUCGAGGUCGUUUAUCACUGCAUAUGAUGUAGCCAAAAUGAAUACCUGUGUCCUAGGGUUGUGAACAUUUCCACACCAUAACAGGUGCUAUGUAAACAGUGUUGAAUCCUGCCCCGAGAGCAAGCCGUGCAAUUUGUUUGUUCGUUACGUUUUUACCCAUGACUUGCAGAAGCCCAAAGCUGCUGCCACUUGUAGCACGGCGAACCUGUAGAUGGCGGCGGCGCUGGCGGGGGGAGGGGAGCAGGGUUUUUAGGCUCAUUCCUCUAGAAGCCAUUUGUUUCUCGAGUAAAACAAUAAGCUAUCUCUGUAUAUUGCCAAAUUACUUGAAACAAACAGUAGGAUAUGCUGGCAGCCAAAUCACAGCACACACACACACACAUAUAUUGCACACACAUACAGUAGAUAGAAGAAAUAAUACCAGGGAUCUGUGUUAAGCUCCGCUGUUUUCUUGUCAUGAGCUUGUGGGGCUUCUUAUGCAUAUAUAGAAUCACUCAGGGGGGAAAAGGGAGGCUUCCCGUUUAAGUAACAUCAAGUCACAUUCUAGCGGUAUUUUAACAUUUCUUGAUAAAAAACAGUUUGUGUUUGUGAACUUGUAACCUGUGAACUUUUGGCCGUCAAGAUGAAGAGGAAGGAGGAGGAUAAACAUCAGGAUUAAGACUUCACGCGGUCUGUUAUUUUUGGUUUUGCUGUCAUGGCUUUUUUGGGUUUUUUUCCUCUUGUCGGGACUCGUGACACACAUCCCCUCAUGGACACGCCUGGUGCUCCUGCAGGUGACUUCCUGUAUCUCCUGAGUACAUGUUAAUGUGUGUACGUGUUUAUCUGUGGAGUUUAUUUCUGUUGAAUUAAUCUCACGAGGAUGUGUAACCCCUCACUAUCCCUCAUGGUGCAUACAGCACAGCCGACUGUAUGCAUGUAUGUAUUUAUGCAUUAUGAAUUGUGUGAAAUGCAUAUAUACUCGCUGUAUGUCCUUAUAUACUCAUGUAGUACUUGACCCUUGGAUUUUGUGAUACCUCUGAAGGUAGAAUUGAAGAAAUAACGAACAACAUUACACGCCCGGUGGGAGGGAACACUGUUACCAGCGAUUUCAUUGUUGAACCAGAUUUUUGAAAAUGGUGGAAAGCACCAUUGUUGUAGCAUCUGGGCACCCUGGUAUCCCUUCUCUGUCUGGGGUAGCGACAUGAAGUGUGUGCCCCGCUGUGUAUAAUAGUGUACAGAUGUGUGUAUAUCACUUUGAGGCCAAGGCAGAGGAGUGUGUGUGCAUGGUUGGCUAGAAUGAACUACUGUGCUAUCUGAGGUUUAGUGCAUGACCUAGCUGUACCCCCCGAGACCCUUCCAAUGGUGCCGUCCUGCGACAGAAAUUGUAAUACAGAGAGGAACCCUGUGUCUUCAGCACUCAAACACACACACGUUCUGUUUUUUAAUAAUCAGGGCUUACAGAGCAGAACUUGUAACAUCCUUCCGCGUUAAUGGGUUUAUUGUUGCGAGCGUGUGUACAGACACAGGGAAAGCCUCCUUUACGGACGUUCCUCAGCUUCACACUUGUUUUAUUCCACGUGGAGUACAGCAGGUUCACGUCCUGGUGCUCUCAGUGAGCGUUUGGUCAUGACUGUGACAUGCUUAAAGCGUCCUCUGACAACGUGCUGGACUUUCCAACGCCUCGUCACAUCUAAACUUUCCAGAGCAUUUAUCACAUGUCUUGUGGCAGGGGGGGGAAUCCUGAGCCAUCACCCGAACUGCUAAGCAUUUGAGUUUAUCCACACUGACCGUGCUAAAUAUAAGAAGCGCUUCACUCCUCCUGUGAAGAAGACUGACAAGGUGAAUCCAGGGAACCCUGUGAUCCUUUCUGUUCAAAGAGGGGUUAUUGAUCCCUGAUAAACUGCAAAUCUCAGUGGCGGGAAGGCGUUCCUUACAUGUUGUGCAUUCAGUGUAAAAUGUUUCGGCUCUUCGGGGAGAUAGUUUACACUUAGUCAUAGUGGAGCAGGCCUUCCACACAACCACUCAGUGCUUCAUGAAGGCACAGAUUAUCUCCUCUGGUGCCCAACACACACCUGCAGCACAAACACGUGCAAAUUUAAUGCUUAGAAAAGCAAAAAAAAUAAAAGAAAAGAAACAUACCACUAGAUACCUUAAUCACCUCUUGGACGUUUCCUUUUCAUUAUCUCCUCUUUUCCAUCCUUGUUUAGAGGCCCAGGCCAGCUCCUCUGAACUUUGCCCUUUGAACUUUGCCCUUUAUUAAUCUUGCUUCUUCUCGACUUGAUGUUAGUGGGUAUUUUUCCUGUGUAUUCCAUUUUGAAUUGUAAUCUAGUUUGUAUAAGAAAUGGUGCGCAUGUAAAUAAAGCUUGGUGAGGCUCCACA